AUGUCUUAUGAGCUGGAAUCAAAGAAGCGCAAGUUCCAUCGGAUCUUGGACUCAAUAUCCAAACCUCAGCAACCCGAGCCUACCCCAACACCACCUCCUGCACAGCCCAUGACAGCUCGAGAGCGUGUCGCAGCGAACCUAUCGAUCAAGAAAGUCCGCCUGAGCAGCGGCGAUCGCUCCGAGCUCGCAUCAGUGCGCAGUUCGACCCAGAGAAUUUCCAGACCCUCGAACCGAGCGUCAUCCGCGUCCUUAGAUACAACUGCCUCCUCGAAUAAGCGCCCAACCUUUGUUCCCUGGGAUCGCGAACGGUUCUUGGAGCGGUUAGAGACAUUCCGCCGUGUGGAUAGAUGGACUUCAAAACCAGCCCCGAUCAACGAGGUACAAUGGGCGAAACAUGGCUGGAUAUGCGCCGAUUCAAAGCGCGUCACUUGCGUCUCUGAAUGCGGUGGUGCGGUCAUCAUCAAACUUCCUGAUGAGAUCGACGAACUCGAUGGAUUUGACAGCGAGAAGGUGCAAGAGCGAAACGAAGUUCGUGCGACGCUCGUGGACCAAUACGCAAAGAUGCUAGUUGAAAGCCAUGGCGAAAGUUGCCCAUGGCGGCAAAAGAGCUGCGAUGCUACUAUUCAGCAUCUUCCGUUGACCAAUACCGACGCUGCCUUGUCAGGGCUACAUGACCGCUACAUGAACAUCUUGAAGAUGGGAGAUAAACUACCAGCUGAUGAUGUCAUUCACGCUCUUGAGGAGCCCAAUCUUGAUGCUAUUGCAAAAUUACUGCCCGAUGAAUGGUUCAAAGAUGCAGCACAGCCGGCUGAGCCUGUAUCUACCCCCACGACUGAGAGUCAGACGCCAAGCAGUGGAAACCAAGAAUCCUCGGCGAUUAAAACAGCCGCCGAUACACCUCGUUCAGUCAAUCGAGCAGCAUUGGCACUGGCAUUAUUUGGGUGGGAUAUAGCCUCCGAUGGAGCUGCUGGCCUAGUCGGCUGCGGUGCAUGCUUUCGUCGGCUGGGACUCUGGAUGUACAAACCAAAAGACAACGGAGAAGUCACAGUCUAUACGUCCCUGGAUGUGGCCAGCGAACACAUGGAUUACUGCCCAUGGAUCAACAAGGUUGCCCAAAGUGGUACUGGUCGACCCAACGAGAAAGUGGAGAGACUGCGCGCCGGCUGGGAGUUCGUGGCAGAAGCCGUCAAGGUGAAGAACCGACGACGCAUGCGCUUCGCGAAAUCUUCAGAGAGUCUCCGGCCUGCCACUCCUGCCGAGGACUAUCCUCUUGAAGACGAGGAUCCAGAAGCUAAAAAAAAGGCAGAUAGUGAGUGGUGGACGAAGAUACAACGAGUGAGGCAGAUCUUGAAAAGCAGGACUCCAAAGCCCAAACCCGCUGCAUCUUGA